AUGUUUAAUUAUCUUGUUUCAGGUUGGUUCCGUCGACUCUUAGUGAAACCUAAAAGAGAUCCUCCACAGAGCAGCUCGUCCACAUCCCCUUCUGUCGAUGGUGUCUUAUCAUUGGCUCCCACCUCCACUCCUAACCCACCACCACCUUUUCUGAGCUCCACGAUUCGUUGGAGCCAGACCUACGACGUGUGUGUGUGCCACAGUCCUAUGGACAUCGAAGAAGCCAUCCGUCUGGCCUCUUACCUGGAGAACCCGCCAUGUGGCCUGCACUGUUUCCUGCGGCAACGUGAUGCCAUCGUGGGGGGUUCCAUCCCCACUGAGCUAUGCCAGGCUGUGCAGAGCAGCCAUUGCUGGGCCCUUCUCAUCACCCCCAACUUCCUGCUGGAUGACUGGUGCCAGUACAUGAUGCACCAAGCACUGUCUGAGGGGCCCAUGUCCAACCGGAUCAUUCCCCUGGUCCUCAACCUGCCUUACUCUCAGUACCCAAAGGAGCUACGCUUUUACUACUACAAGGACCUGAGCAAGAACCCAGAGCGAGGAUACACACAGGUGUACAAGACGGUGCUGAAGUGUGAGUAG